AUGGAAAUACAGUAUGCUUUGAAACGUCAACGUUUCUUAGUCAAUCAAGGAUAUGCAUAUAAAGUAAUAACCAGACUAGCUGGAAUGGAGAAUGAAUCCUUAAAGUUGAGUACAAAACAAGAACAAGCAGAGUUGUUGCAUCGUGUACUAGCUAGUACCGAUGAGGAUGCAAUGGAAGAGAAACUGCCAACUGAUCCUGAUGGCUUGGGCUUUUUAAACAGUCGUGUAGGCCCAUCAAGUGUUAUUCGUAAACCAGGUAAAAUGUCCAGCUUAUCAGGAGCAGACGAUGCUAUAUACGUGGAUACUAGUUCAUCAGCUGCCCGUAAAGAAAAACUGAAAGAAAGACAUCCACUAUUUCGUUUAUUUAGAAGUUGAUAAUAG